AUGGCUUCUCGAUCCCCGGCGGCGGUUACUCCACUGCCAAAAUUAUCGUCGGCUCCCCAGACACCCAUCGUUAGGGAUACAACGGCUGCACCGUCAACAGUGCCGCAACCAGUCCCCUUCCCUCCUCCACAGACGUUCGAUAUUAUCCCACCAUUGCACGGUCUGCUUCUCCGACUACUCUCACCACAGCCGAAUACUGAAGGUGUAUCGAAUGACACACGAGCCGCCGAAGAUCCCGCUGUUGCUACAGCUCCCACCGGUGCCACGUCCACUGCGGCAGGCCAGUCUCAGUCUCACCCACAACACCAGCAAUCGGCUGCUGGGAACCAGAACAAUGAUGGCCAUGGCGUAAUGCCCACUGCUUCCUCUGCGGCACCAGGGAGCGCCUCCGCUGCGGCCGAGAUAGCUGCGUUGAGUUCAAACGCGCCUCCACCGCUAGACAUCAAAGACCUUCCUACCGAGGCCAGCUCCAUCAAGAUUCGUAUACAGAAAGCACAAGCUGUGGUGGAGAGCCUGCCUGAUGUGCAGCGUUCAGUUGUGGAACAGGAGAGGGAGAUCAAAGAACUCGAGCAUAGAAUCUCUAGACUCAAAUCGGUCAUCUCAGAUUUUGGGAGAAGAGCGGACUCUGCGAAGACCGAGAAAACGGAGAUAGAAGCAGCUUGA